AUGGCACAAAAUGGUGAUUCAGAUAAUGAUGGAUCACUGAAUGGUAAUAAUGGCAACAGUGGAUCACAAAGUGGUAAUAAUGCCAACACUGGAUCUCAGGUUGGAAAUAAUGUCAAUACAGGCUCACAGGAUGGAAAUAAUGGGAACCUUGGAUCACAAGGUGGCAACGGUGGAUCACAAAAUGGAAAUGAUGGUAAUUUAGGAUCACAGGGUGGCAACGGUGGAUCACAAAGUGGUAAUAAUGCCAACAGUGGAUCACAAGGUGGAAUUAAUAUCAAUACAGGAUCACAAGAUGGAAGUAAUGGCAACUUUGGAUCACAGAAUGGUAAUAGUGGAUCACAAAGUGGUAAUAAUGCCAACACUGGAUCUCAGGUUGGAAAUAAUGUCAAUACAGGCUCACAGGAUGGAAAUAAUGGGAACCUUGGAUCACAAGGUGGCAACGGUGGAUCACAAAAUGGAAAUGAUGGUAAUUUAGGAUCACAGGGUGGCAACGGUGGAUCACAAAGUGGUAAUAAUGCCAACAGUGGAUCACAAGGUGGAAUUAAUAUCAAUACAGGAUCACAAGAUGGAAGUAAUGGCAACUUUGGAUUACAGAGUGGAAAUAAUGGCAACAAUGGCCCAAUGAACUUCUGGGGUCCAAUGGGCAACUGGGCAAAUAUGCCUUAUGGUCCAAAUCAACAAAAUUUUCCAAACAAUGGCAACUUUGCAUGGCAGAAUGGCAACAGUGGAUCACAGAAUGGAAAUAAUGGCAACUUUGGAUCACAGGGUGGAAAUAAUGGAAACAAUGGUCAAAUGAAUAAUAACUUCUGGGGCCCGAUGAGUAAUUGGGCUAACAUUCCUAAUGGUAUAGAUCCAAAUCAAGCAUUCUAUGGAAACAAUGGCAAUUUCGGAUGGCAAAAUGGUAACUUUGGAUGGCAGAGUGGCAAUAGUGGAUCACAAAGCGGUAAUAAUGCCAAUACUGGAUCACAGGUUGGAAAUAAUGUCAAUACAGGAUCACAAAAUGGAAAUAAUGGGAAUUUUGGAUCUCAGGGUGUAAAUAAUGGCAACUUUGGAUCACAGGGUGGAAAUAAUGGCAACUUUGGAUCACAGGGUGGAAAUAAUGGAAACAAUGGCCAAUUGGAUGACGAAAACAACAGAAUUUACAGACCUUGCCACGUUUCCAUGGAUGAGUGUAUUAAACAGUAUUUCGCCCAGUACUCUUAUUGCAAGAAAUCUUACGGACGUGUACCAGAGCCCUUGAUCAGACCUGUCUCUACGACGUUCCUUACAGAGGUUAACUUGACUUUGAGUGCUACUGAUGUUAUAUACUCAGGUCUUGAUCGUGGAAAUAUCGAAGAGUUCUUCGUGAACAAAGAGACCGAUAGACUGGUGAUCUCCAUUCGGUUCAGGAACGUGACGUAUUACUCCAAAGACACCUACUAUACGUUCCACCGUCGUGCCAGGGAGCCUGUGGUUAACGUGGACUACCUAUUCGCGUACUUCCGUAAUUCUAUUUCUAAUACUCUAUUUUAA